CAAAGCUUCAACGCAACCCAGUUUUGACGUAGCGCGGUCGACUGACUUAAAUUUAAGCAAAGCUUGGCACGGAGCGUCAAACUGCAGAGAACCUAGCUAGUUGCUACUCAAAGCCAAAAGCAGCUGAGGCGAAACACGACUUUUGCUUCCAAUCCUCCUUCGAAUUUUAAACCCUCUUGAGCUCUACUUUCGGCGAAGAUGCCGACGCGACGCUCUAUUUCUCGCUCUAUCUCGCCCUCGCGCAGCCGCUCCCCUCCUCCUCGAGACCGCUCUAGAUCUGUCUCCUCUGGCCGCUCCCGAUCAGCUUCACCGCGUCGUUCACCAUCUCCUCGCGCACGCUCGCGCUCGCGCUCACGCUCUAGAACUCCCCGGUCGCGAACGAGAUCAUUGACACCUCGGUCUCGAAGCCCCAGUCCCAGGCGCAAUGGACGUGGAAGAGGCAGAUCGCUAUCGAGAACAGACAGCAGAAGCCCGUACUCGUCCCGAACCCCGAGCAGAGAUAGACAUGGAGGAAGAUAUCGCGAUAGGAGCUAUUCACGAAGCCCAAGUCCGCCAAGACGGAGCACAAAGAUUGUCGUUGAGAAAUUGACCAAGAACGUGAAUGAGGAUCACCUUCGUGAAAUAUUCGGUGCCUAUGGUGACAUUCAGAGCAUUGACUUACCGAUGAAUCGCCAAUUUAUGACAAACCGCGGGACAGCGUAUAUAUGCUAUUACGAUGCCGCUGAUGCCGAGUCAGCAAUCGCCCACAUGCACGAAGGCCAACUAGACGGCGCCGUCCUCAGUGUUUCCAUCGUUCUUCCCCGCCGCACAUUCUCCCGCUCACCACCUCCAGCACGGAUAUCCACGCGCCCCGAACCUCGACGACCGGUAUACCCAGCACCUUCACGGUAUCGAUCUCCUCCACGUAGGCGAUUCAGAGCGCCGCGAGGCAUGGACAGACAUGAUUUGUAUCGCCCAAGGUCUGUAUCGAGGUCGAGAUCGCGUACAAGGUCGCCACCACCACCGGCUAGAUCUCCGUUAUAUUCAUCACGAUCACCGACUCCACCACCGCGAAGAAGAGGUAGAAGAGACAGCUAUGAUUCGCCUAGGCGAAGAAGACGGGGUUCAAGUUACGAUAGCCUGAGCAACAGGAGUCGAAGCCCAAGUCGCUCAAGAUACAGCCGGAGAUGAUUCAAGAAAAGUGCUUAGUCGUAUUUUACAGUGCUUGAGACAAAUGGAGUUUGACUGGGAUUUUCUACUUCCUUUCUAGAGGUUUGGGUUGGUAUCAUGCGUUAGUAGCUUAUUUCAAGCCGGGGCUUCUGUACACCAGGAGAUUUCGAACAUCGCAAGAAGCAAGGGGGGAAAAAAAAAAAAAGAAAAAAAAAGGAAUAAUCUUCAUGGUAUUUCAAACACUCCCACAUGUACACAGCCAUUAGUAGCUAGUUCGUUAUUCGACUAAAAUUCCUACAAA